GCACAAGAGACAUUAACCAAAUCACAAUGGCAUUCAAAUUUGUGACUCUUGCCAUCCUCAGCUGUAUUUUGGCUGUGCAAUCCAAGCCCUUUGGAGUAGGGAUGGGUAUGGGAGGCGUAGGACCUGUUGCCAUGGGAAUGGGAGGGAUGGGUCCAGCGGGAAUGGGCAUGGGAGGCGUUGGACCGAUGGGCAUGGGAGGCGUAGGUCCUAUGGGGAUGGGAGGCGGUUAUCAAUCCGGAGGUGGGUACGGAAGCAGCGGUUUCGGGGCUGGUGGUCAAGGAUUUGGCAGCCAAGGAUACCAGGCUGGAGGUGCCCAGGGAGGAUACGAUAGAGGACACGCCGAUUCCAGUUUUACACAAAUCACUGAUGCCCAUCAAUCCGUGGGCCAUGACGUCGGUGGUGGCAGCUCGUUCGGAAGCACCGGCGGCGGCGCCGGAGGCUUCGGUGGCUACCAGGGAGGCCAAUCUGGUUUCGGCAGCGGGUUCAAUGGUGGCGGCUUUAUGGGUUAGAUUAUUAUAGAGAACGACAACUGUAGAUAAGGUUGAUUUUGUAAAUAAAAUAUUUAUUAUAAUGUUA